CAAUCAGAAGCCGGGACACGGGUGCGGUUUUGACAGACCCGGAAAUGCACCAAUAGCUACCCUGAGCGGACAUUGCCGUAUCCGCCUUUACCGCUGCCUUGUUGAAGGAAGUCAACUCAGUCAAAAAUGAAUUUCCACGGCCAGGGCUAUCCAGGAGGAGGAGGCAACCCACCACCAGGUACUCCAUAUGGGGGAGGCAGUGGUCCCUAUGGGCAUCACCCCUCAGCUCCAUAUGCUGGUGCACCACAUACACCAGGAGGUCCUUAUGGUGCAUAUGGAGCCCCAGGUCAGGGAGCGCAGUAUGGGCCUGGACCAGGGGGUGCCCCCGGCAGACCUUAUGGGGGUUACGGGGGACAGCCUUAUGGAGGACAUUAUGGACACCCUGCCCCUGCAGGUAACAUCCCUCCUGGUGUUAACCCAGAGGCUUACCAGUGGUUCCAGUCUGUUGACACAGACCGCAGUGGCUUCAUCAGCCUAAAGGAGCUGAAGCAGGCACUUGUCAACUCCAACUGGUCUUCUUUUAAUGACGAGACCUGCCUUAUGAUGAUCAACAUGUUUGACAAGACACGGUCAGGUCGAAUGGACCUGUUUGGCUUCUCAGCGCUGUGGGACUUCAUGCAGCGAUGGAGAGCACUCUUUCAGCAGUAUGACAGAGACCGUUCAGGCUGUAUCAGUGGUACAGAACUACAUCAAGCCCUUGCUCAGAUGGGCUACAACCUGAGUCCUCAGUUUUCAGAGACACUGGUCCAGCGCUUCACCGUGCGAGGUGGACGACCUGGCAUCCAUCUGGACCGCUUCAUCCAGGUGUGCACGCAACUCCAGUCCAUGACGCAGGUCUUCAGGGAGAGAGACACGGCCAUGAUGGGCAACAUCCGCCUCAGCUAUGAGGAUUUCCUGUCUGGGGCUAUCACCAGGCUCAUGUGAGCCUCAUUCCAUUGACGGUCUCUCUGUGCUGUGGAUUCACUGUGCAACUCCAUGUUCAGGUCAUAUUUUUGCUCAGCUGUUAGUGCUCUUCCAUAAGUGCCCCAACCUGUUGGUACGUAAAUAACAUAUCAGCCAGCACACAUUAUGCCACAGCUUGUUGCUGUAAGUAGAUAAAGCCUUACAUCAUGCAUUUGAAUGAAGUUGACUGGCUGUUGUUGAGGUAACUAAAGUCUUUACUGGAUAGAUUAACUUUCACCAGUGAGUCAGCAGGAAAGUUGUUUUGGCCUUAUAACAUCAGUCACCACAGAGUGUGGGUCAGUCAUAAUUUCGCUAUAGAUACCUUGGUGACAGUUAGCAGGUCUAUUGUUUACUAGUACCAGUAAAGUACUUGAUUUAAAAAUGAUGAAUAGUGCAAGGGAGCACUGAUUUACACAUGUUUAAUUCACUUGAUGUUGAUCCCACUAGCCAUACAACGUUCAGUACUGAAUCAGUGUUAAGACUCGACCAGAGGGUGCAGCCUGCAUUUGACUGCGUGACAGCGAUUUUGCUGAAUGACGCAUUCACCUGACUUUGCUCACAUGCAUUAACAUGUUCCUGUGCCAUCAAAACAAUUUAAGAUUCUCUUCUAAAUGUAUGUAUGUAUGUAUGUAUGCAUAGCGGGAUUAUCCAGUGUUUUCACAGGUUAUUUCCAUGCAACGAUUGCACAUUUAAUUGCAAUAUGUUAAUAAACAAAACAAAUCAGAAAAACAGAAAAAAAGGGCUUAAUUUUAUAAUAUUAGAAUUCUCUCUUGUGCUUAGGGGCCUGAAACUGAAUGUUUGGGGAAAAAAAUGAAUUUACUUCAAUUUUGGUUAAAUUGCACUCCUGUAAGCCAGCAGCAACCAUAAAUGAAAACAUUUGUCUUUGGCCAAACGAUAAGCAAUCCCAAAAGUGUUGCUUAUUUUGUUUGCUACUCACCUCAGAGAAAUGAGAGAUUCAGUUAUUAUGUGGCCAGUGCUCUCGCUCUACUGAGGUACAUCUUUUGAAGUCAGUAAACAUGCCAAAAUGGUUUGUAAUGCCAAAACCAAAUAAACGCUUUUUGUAUCAAA